AUUUUUAAACCACCCCCAAUCCCUAUUAUCCCUAAUACGUACCUUUAAACUUUCUUAUUUUAUUCUAUCAUCUUUUCUUUCUUCUUUAAUCCCAACCUCCUUAGCUGGUUUCAUUCACCUUCAUAAUCGUGCUCCACCACCCAUUCCCUGCAUCACCAUAAUCUUAGUUGUACCAUCGCUGCGCCGCUGCCCGAUUAUCAAUAAUGGUCAGAACCCAAAAUCGUCAGAACCCAAAAUCGUCAGAACCCAAAAUCAAGGUAAUGAUGGCCUUUCAGUUCCACCCAUUGUGCUCGACAGACGGUAUUGUUUCACCAUUUCGGCGGCCUUUAUUAAAGUUCCAAGUGACUCUGACUCGAUUCCUCGCCUCGUCCACGAUAUGGCGAUGGUAAUAAGCCUAAACACCUCUACAUGUGGCAGUCGAACUGAACCAUGUAUCACUUUCUUUGAUCAACCGUCGGUCGCAACACCCCGAGAUUUCUGGACUGAGUCAUGGCCACUGUCUGUCACCACCACGGUCACCUUCUCCAUCUUUUCAUUCUAUUCCGAUAGUGACUUCAUCUUCUUCUUGGCCAUGCCACUCCUCCACUCACCGAGAGGACUUUUUGGCAAGCAUUUUUUGGGACAACCCGACACUGAACCUUCAUAUCAAUAUCAUUCCAAGCAGUAUUUAUCUCUGUUCCGUGCAUCCAAUUUGAACGCAUUUCCGUCGCCUCUAGGCAGCCUCCCACAAGCGUCCAAAAAUCCUGAACGUAAUUGGCGCGGCCGAUCCUAUGCAAUGCCAUCCGCGGAACGUUUGAAGGGAUUCAUGCACUUUAAAAAUGACCAGAUGGUUCGUUUUCAGAACAUCCACCAUUGUCCAUUUCGAGUAUGUAGAAAUGUAAAUUUGGGUUUCUGGUUUGCCCGAGCAUUUGAGAUCGUUAUUCGAUCCAAUAGCCUUUUAAUCCUUGGUCCUUACAUUACAAAUUUAGUGUCUCAUGUUGCUAAUUUUGAUAUUAUGGACUUUACUUGCACGUUCUAUAUGGAUGGAUUAGAUGAAUGUUGCUUGGAUCUAAUGGGCUUGCUUGCAGGAACGGCCAUUGCACCGAACGGCCAUUGCACCGUAUUUUGUUCCACUGGGAGUGAUGAUGCCACAUACCGAACUAGUCUUCACUCGCCGAAAUGCGCGUCCUCGAUCUUUACCGCUGCCUCCUUCGAACAUGCAAGAGAAAUGCAUGACGUCAAUGAUCGCCUCAUUCGUACAGUAAAAGACAGCACCAUUUGA